AUGAAUCUCAAGAUGCAAGUCGUUCAAAAUGGACAACCACUUGAGUCUGUGCGAGAAAGUACUCGAGAGGCAAUCAAGUCACUUUUUGCAUUUCUCCAUGCUCAGGGCCAAGGUGACUACCUCGGUGAACGAGUAACCCAGCUCGAGCAUUCACUGCAAUGUGCCCACCUGGCAACCGAGUCCGCCGAGUACGGCCAAGAUGCUGAAGUCAUUCUAGCCGCUCUACUGCAUGAUGUCGGACGCUUUAUUCCAGCUGCUGAAAAGAUGGCAAAGAUGAUUAGCCCGGAAGGUCAAUAUGUGGGCCGACAGAGCCAUGAGGUUCUGGGCGAGUCUUAUUUGCGAUCCAUUGGAUUCAGCGAAAGAGUGUGUCAACUGGUUGGCGCGCAUGUCAUGGCAAAGCGGUAUCUGGUUGCUACGGAUAAAAACUACCAUGAUGAUCUAAGUGAGACUAGUAAACGCACUUUGCGUUUCCAGGGUGGAGGUUUUACUGAAGAAGAAGUUGUCGAGGCACAGAAAGACCCAUGGCUCGGAGCUAAAUUGUCUGUGAGACGAUGGGACGACUUGGCCAAGGACCCGGAUGUGACUGUGCCUCCGCUGGAGGUGUAUGAAGAGAUGGCAUACGAAUGCCUUCUGAGUAAGCCCAAAAAAAAGUAUCUGAAUUUUGGACUUAUACUGACACGACCUGCAGAAUCCCGGUCCAAGUUCAGCUUGCACUCGAAAGAAUAUCGCACGCCAACCGAACCAACUGUGGUAGUUUGCAUUGACGGUUUCGACCCCGAGUAUCUGGACUCGGGCUUUGAAAGAGGUCUUCUACCCAACUUGAAGAAACUGGUCGACAACGGAUUUCACGCCACAGCAAAAAGCUGCAUGCCCUCUUUCACCAACCCCAACAACGUCUCGAUCAUCACCGGUGCCCCUCCCUCGGUUCAUGGAAUCGCAGGGAACUUCUUCCUUGAUCGCGAGACCGGCGAAGAAAAGAUGAUUACGGAUGACUCUUUGCUCAGAGGGUCUACGUUGCUCGAGCAGAUGCACCUACGAGGUGUUCGUGUUGCCGCUAUCACUGCCAAAGACAAGCUGCGCAAGAUUCUUGCCCAUGGUCUGAAUAGCGGUGCUAUCUGCUUCUCUGCAGAGCGCGCGGCUGGAUGUUCCCUUGAGGAAAACGGCAUCGCUGAUGUCGAAAAGUGGCUUGGCCAACCUGCUCCAAGCCAGUAUUCCGGGACAUUGUCAUUGUUCGUGCUGGAUGCGGGUAUCAAGCUGCUGCAGGAGAAGAGGUCGGACUUUCUUUAUUUGACUUUGUCCGACUACAUCCAGCACAAGUAUGCACCUGGCAGCAAAGAGGCUGAUGACUUCAUGGGUGCGAUUGACGAGCGGCUGGGAAGACUUGUCGAUUUGGCGUCCGUAGUGGGCGUCACUGGCGACCACGGCAUGAGUCAAAAGUCGAGCGAGGCCGGAGAGCCUAAUGUCCUGUUUCUUGAGGAAGCUCUCAACGAGAAAUUCGGUGCCGAUGCAUCGCGGGUCAUUUGUCCCAUCACCGAUCCCUUUGUCAGACACCAUGGGGCACUUGGCUCAUUUGUACGCGUCUAUCUGAAAGAUCCCACGCAGCUACAGCCUAUGCUUUCGCAUUGCUGUGCUCUUCCCGAAGUGGAGGAAGCUCUCACUGGAGAAGAUGCAGCAAGGAAAUAUGAAAUGCCCCUUGAUCGUGAAGGCGACAUUGUGGUAAUUUCCAAGUCCCACGCCGUGAUUGGAAGCAAAAAAGCCGAUCAUGAUCUUUCCAACGUGAAAGACCAUCCCUUGCGAUCUCACGGCGGUCUCAGCGAGCAGGACAUUCCCGUGAUCAUUUCGAAACCUCGGCUACCCGCAAAUGCAGCCCCAGCAAAACAGUGGAGGAACUACGACGUCUUUGAUCUUGUGCUCAAUUGA